GUUAGAUACGCUUUGGCCAUCCGCAGUUUGAAAAGCCGUAGGUCCAGCCGGAAUUUUAGAAUCAUUUAGCCACUUUCCCCAAGGAUAAGAAUGAGAUUAGUGCUAUUGGGAACGCUGUUCCUGCUAGCAAUGGCAGCAUGCAGCCGAGAAACUUGGCAAAAACCAGGCUGCCACAAAGUGGGCCACACUAGAAAGAUAAGCAUCCCGGAUUGUGUAGAGUUUUCGAUCACAACCAACGCAUGCCGAGGAUUUUGUGAAUCGUUUGCUGUUCCAUCGGCUCCCUUCUCCAUCGGGUCACACAAACCAAGCCAACCAGUAACUUCCGUGGGCCAGUGCUGCAACAUUAUGGAAACCGAGGAUGUUCAGGUGCGUGUGCUGUGCGUCAAUGGAAUCCGCAACCUGACAUUCAAGUCUGCAACAAACUGUUCGUGUUACCACUGUAAGAAGGACUAAACGACCAGGACUAAGUUCAAAACGAAAACUCCGCACCGUAUGUGAAGCAAGAGAAUGUGAUCAUGCUCGUUACCAUUAAUAUUCAAAUUUUAUCUAUAAUCGUUUACCUCUGAGCCACCCUUAUGCAUUAAUGUGAUGACCUUGUGAAACGUAAUAAAUCCCAGUGGGAUGGUUACUGUAUAUUAAUGUACAUUUUCAGAUGAAAUAUAUUUUUGCACAAACAAUA